CACAAGGGCAUCAUAACCCAACCACGGAAUUCCCUCCGCCCGAGACCCUAUACUGGUACAAGAACGAGGAUGUGUCGUCGUACAGAGGGUUGGAGCUAUGGAACCAGCAACAGGAGCAGUUCAUGCCGGGAACAAGGCCAUCGGAACAAGAUGUGUACGGGGCGAGCAGGAGCUACGAUGAUCCGCCGUCCUCGUCGAGAUCCUCAGGGAUGAUGACGACUAUGAGAGGUCGAGGAGGAAUAAGCUGCCAAGAUUGCGGGAACAAAGCCAAGAAGGAUUGCCCCCACAUGAGGUGCAGGACUUGCUGUAAAAGCAGAGGCUUCCAUUGCCAAACACACAUCAAAAGCACUUGGGUUCCUGCUCCUAAGCGUCGCGAGCGCCAACAGCAACACCAACUCCAACUUCACCCGGACACUCUUCCCAGAAGACACCGCGAAACAGUGGUAAGCUCGCCUGCGGAUUUCCGAUGUGUGCGGGUGAACUCCAUUGACGAUGCGGACGAACAAUUUGCAUACCAAACGGCAGUGAACAUAGGAGGGCAUGUGUUCAAAGGAAUUCUGUACGACCAGGGUCCUGAAUAUAACUACACAGCUGGAGAUGUGAGCGCCCCCGCUGGCGUAGGUGGAGUUCAACCAUUGAACCUCAUUGCCGGUGCCGCCAGCGGUGCGUCUGUUUUACCCGCGAGCUCAAUGGGUGGUGGGUGCCAUGGUUCCGCCGGGGGGGCGCUUGGGGAUCCUUCUUCUUUGUAUCCAGCUCCACUUAACACCAUCAUGGCUGAAG